AUGCAUUUUACCACACGCCGAUGCCUUUCACUGCGGCACGUCUUUUACUUGUACACUUUUUUAUUGUUUAUCUGCGCCCUGAUAUUUUUGUCGACAAGUCUUGCCAAUCAAGACGGGUGGAAUUUAUUCUCCCUUUUCCAAGGGUACGAACUAACUCAGGCGGAAAUAGAGUCUGGGACGGGACAAUUGGCGCAAGACGACGCCCGCUUAAUGCGCCACAUUUCGGAAAAGUAUCUCAUUCCACCGUCGCCAAAAGGUGUCCAGGCGGGCGUUGAUUGGACCCCGGUUCAUCUCACGAAUAAAUUUGAACAGCAAGAAGUGUCGCGAUUUAUAAUAGAUCUUUUUAAAAAUAAGAAUGGUGGCACAUUCAUCGAGUGUGGGGCGAAUGAUGGCGAAUUUUUCUCAAACACGAUGCUCCUCGAGGAAAAGUAUGGCUGGACAGGACUCCUCGUCGAGUCAGAUCCUCGCCCUUUGAAAAAAUUAAUGAUAAGAAAUAGAGCAGCUUGGAUAGCGGAAUGUUGUCUUUCAACCGGAAGUCAACCACAAAAGAUGGAAUUUCUCCGUCACGAUCGGGACGAAGGGUUAAGUUUCAUUCCAGGAAAGCGACAUUUUAUCGGAAACGAGGCCGACUAUUAUUCCUUUGAUGCCCAAUGUUUCCCACUUUACUCAAUCCUCUCAGCCAUCAAUAUGACAACGGUGGACUUCUUCAGUAUCGACAUUGAAGGAGCCGAGUUGGACGUGCUUAAAACCAUUCCAUGGGAUAAGGUUCUUAUCAAGAAAAAAAUGGGGUUACGAUUAUAA